GGGAGAGUUCGAUUUCUGCGGCUUGUCUUCCCGCAACUCCGCCGCGUGAGGUUUUACUAUUCUGGUCAUUAAUGGAUGAUGAUGAUGAUGAUGAUGAUGAUGAUGAUGACGAUGAUGGAGGACAUAUAACAGGAGAUGGUAAAAUUUAAAAUUCAUUACAAUGAAUUUUAACAUUCGGAAACCAACCCACAAUCUCAGAGAACAAACCACCCUCAUUCAUUACAAUUUUCUCUUAUUCCCUGAGAACAGCAGUCACAAUUGUCUUCUGGAGAAUGGGCAGAAAGAAAACUACAACCCCCAGGAUGCAACGUGGCAGCCAUGCCGGGACCGAGCAUGAGCAUAGGUGGGUCCUGCCAGGGAGCAGUGCCGGCCGAAAAGCAAUGGUGAUAAACGAGAGCGGUUUAAACGUACUCGUUUUCGCGUAGGCAAAGGAACAGCCGGAAGGAGGACGACUCUCUGAAACAGCGGCCGGGCAACAGCAGGGCAAGAACUGCUGCAGUGUCCUAGGAAGCGCUGCAGGAGAGCUCCAUCCUGUAUCUGCAACCCUUCUCCAAUGUUAAAUUUACAACAAUUCUGCAAGGUCUCUGUUCCAUUAUGAUAAAGAAGACUGAGAAUGCAUCCCUCUUCCUUAGUGUUCACCACCUGCCCACUUGCUAGGACCUGGGUCCAGAAUGAACAUAGCAUCAGUAUUUAACGCCUUGCUAGUGUGCAUCCUUGCUGCUGUGCUGUGGAAGUAUAUCAAGCUGCACGACCAUGUCUUUGUACUGGAAGAGGAGUUAGUCCUCAUGCGCCAGUCCCAGGAACUCUCUCAGGUCAGCAUUGACUAUCAUGCUGCACUUCAAGCUCUGGUAGAAGAUGGCACCAAGAUGGUGUGCACUGGCAGGAUGCAUACUGAUCGUAUAUGCCGUUUUGAGUCUCUCUGUUAUUCCACUGAAGCUGAGGAAUUUGUCUUCUUCCAUAGCAGUUCUUCUGUCAUGCUUCCAAACUUGGGCUCCAGAAGAUUUCAACCUGCCUUGCUUGAUCUCUCCACAGUGGAGGACCAUAAUACCCAAUACUUCAAUUUUGUAGAACUGCCUGCUGCAGCUCUGAAAUUUAUGCCAAAGCCUGUCUUUGUUCCUGAUGUAGCACUCAUUAUGAAUAGGUUCAAUCCAGAUAAUUUGAUGCAUGUUUUCCAUGAUGAUCUCCUUCCAAUUUUCUAUACAAUGCUGCAGUUCCCAGAUAUGGACUUGGAGACCAGAUUAUUCUUCAUGGAAGGCUGGGGUGAAGGACUACACUUUGAGCUAUACAAAUUGCUUAGCAGUAAGCAACCACUCCUAAGAGAGCAGCUUAAAACACUUGGGCGGCUCCUGUGCUUCACCAAGUCAUAUGUGGGUCUGUCUAAAAUCACAACCUGGUAUCAAUAUGGUUUUGUUCAGCCCCAGGGGCCGAAAGCCAACAUCCUGGUCUCUGGCAAUGAGAUCCGACAGUUCAAAACAUUCAUGAUGAAGAGACUAAAUGUGAGCUUGGAAGAAAUACCUGGUGAGGAAUAUAUAAUACUGUUCAGCCGAACCAUCAAUAGACUAAUCCUAAAUGAGGCAGAGCUAAUUUUGGCACUUGCUCAAGAAUUUCAGAUGAAAACCAUUACCGUUUCCAUAGAAGACCAUACAUUUUCAGAGAUAGUACGCUUGAUUAGCAAUGCAUCCAUGCUUGUCAGCAUGCAUGGAGCUCAACUUAUUAUGUCUCUCUUCCUGCCAAGAGGAGCCACUGUUGUGGAACUCUUCCCUUUUGCCAUAAAUCCUGAACAUUACACCCCUUACAAGACAUUAUCUACCCUUCCUAGUAUGGAUCUUCAGUACAUUUCAUGGCAAAACACUGAAAAGGAGAAUACUGUGACUUAUCCAGACAGACCCUGGGAUCAAGGAGGAAUUGCCCACUUGGACAAAGCAGAGCAAGAUCGCAUUGUAAAGAGCAAUGAGGUUCCCCGGCAUCUGUGUUGCCGUAACCCAGAAUGGCUUUUCCGUAUCUACCAGGACACCAAAAUUAACAUUGCUUCCCUUAUCCAGGUGAUCAGGCAAACGGUGAAAACCAAACCAGGGCCUAAGAAGCAAAAGUGGACUAGUGGCCUCUAUCCAGGCAAAGUUAGAGAUGCCAAAUGCCAGGCCUCUGUCCAGGGUACCAGUGAAGCUAAGCUCUCUGUAUCUUGGCAAAUCCCUUGGAACCUGAAAUACUUGAAGGUCAGAGAAGUAAAAUAUGAAGUUUGGAUUCAGGAGCAAGGAGAAAAUACGUACAUGCCUUAUAUUUUGUCUCACCAAAACCAUACAUUUUCAGACAAUAUUAAGCCAUUCACAAACUAUUUGGUGUGGAUCCGAUGCAUUUUCAACAAAAAUCUCCUUGGGCCCUUUGCAGAUAUGUUAGUUUGCAGUACAUAAUUAUUCUCUAGCUUCAAAGAAGACAAACCCAAUCCUGGUGUUCUGUAGUUUAAGAAGAUGGAUAAGAACUUGCAGACCAUGAUAGUGCCUAUGUGUCCAUUUUAUUGCAUUCUGAAUGUCUUCUCCAUUCUGUGUAACAUUACAUCCAGUUGGUAGAUAAACUCUCUUAGUUUUUUAAAGAAGUAACAGGCAUGAGGCUACAAAAUCAGAGUGGAAUAAUUGUUUUAUCUUGAUUGUUCUAGGAACUUUUCUCUCUUUUGUGUGGUAAAUCUUUUAAAUAUAGCUUUAUACUGGAAUUUGGUUAUACUGGAUGUACAAUUUUUAAUUUUUUUUUGUUCCCCCAAAGUUCUGUAUUCCAGAGCAGAAAUUCGGUACCAGAAUAUUUAUUAAACUAUUUAAAACCUAUUCAAGCACAUUUGUCUUUGAUAUUUAUGCAUUAAAUAAACUCUGUUCAAUUUGAA